AUGGGACUGGGUGCUCCUAAAAAACGUUUCAAGCUCUCCCACGACCCCAAUAAUACGGCCUGGAGCCGGUCAACUACGAAGUAUGGCCACAAGAUACUCCAAUCUCAUGGCUGGAUGCCCGGAGAACUACUCGGAGCCAGAGGUGCAUCCUACUCAGACCAGCGCUCUACGGCUAGUGCUUCCCAUAUAAGGAUUACGCUCAAGGACGACAACCUGGGUCUAGGUGCAAAGCAUGAAGCAGCCCUGGAUAGUAGUAAGACUACAGGCCUUGACGUCUUUCAAGACCUACUUGGACGCUUGAAUGGCAGGAACGUAACAGAUCUAAAAAAGGAUCGAAUACAUAGGUCAAACCUGAGGAGCUCCGCCUAUAUCGAUCAACGCUGGGGGAAUCUUCGUUUUGUCAGUGGAGGACUAUUGGUCGGAGCUGAAAUGAAGGACCUAGUGAAGGGUGGACAAGAUGCGCUCAGUAACUCUCAGCAAACGCCAAGUCACUACUUAGACGAAGGAAGGCUGCCAGAAGCAAAUGAACCACAGGAGGUACUAUCAGAAAGCGCAAAGCGCAAGAGACAUAAGAAGCAGAAGACUUCAGGAGUCGAUCACGGUGUGCAGGAGACAAGCAAGGGAGUCAACUGGAGCGUAGACAUGUUCGAUGAAGUUCAGAUGGACAAGGUCCAGAGGCACGCAGAGAAGGCAAAACGCAAACCCAAACGGGCCAAAAGAGAUGCAAGGCACUCAUCAAAAGUGCGAGAGCAGUCGUCUAUUUUGCCAUCGCCAGACCUCAAUCAGCUUCCGGGCCCAAAUAUUGGAGAGGUUGCUGUAGCAUCAUAUCCCCUUUGCGAGGCCAAAGCCCCAACCAGAAUAUCACAAAGGCCCGGGGCUGGCAGACUUGCUGUACGCCACCGAUACAUCCAGCAUAAGAAGAUGUGCAUGAUGGAUAACAAAGCGUUGAACGAAAUAUUCAUGAUCAAAACUGGAUGA